UAUAAAUUAAUAUGACAGGUUAGUUUAUUUAUUAAAAUGUAAUUCUAAUUUUAACUUUAAUAACUAAAUAUAAAUGAUGCUGAUAUAAACGAAGUUUUCGAUGACAUAGUGUUUAGUGAAGACAAAUUGAUUGAUGAGGGUUAUUUGGAAGGAUUAGAAAAAGGUAGAAACAAAGGGAAUGUUAACUCUUUAUUAAUUAAUUUUUAAUCGUUAUAAAAAGCAAAUAUUAGUUGCGAUAUGAUUUAUAAAUGUAAAUAGUAACAUGUACGUCUUAAGAGGCAUAAAUAUACUUUGUUUAUAAACUAUGUUAUUCUUAUAACAAAAUGUUAUUUAAAUAUUUUAAGAUAGGCAACCCCUAUUUCAGACGUUACAUAACCUAUAAAUUAAAAUGACAGAUAUAAAUGAAAAUGAUGCUGAUAUAAACGAAGUAUUCGAUAAUAUAGUGUUUAGUGAAGACAAAUUGAUUGAAGAGGGUUAUUCGGAAGGAUUAGAAAAAGGUAAAAACGAAGAGAAUGUUGAAGGUUAUCAUUUAGGAUACCAUCGAGGCGCUGAGGUUGGUGCAGAGCUUGGUUAUUAUUUAUCUGUUGCCGAAGGUUAUCUAAAAUCGUCCGAAAAAUUAUCAGAGAAGGUGUUAAAAUCACUCAAAAAACUUGUGGAUGAAGUAAAUAAAUUCCCAAACUGUAAUAACAAAGACAUUGAUAUCCUGAGUGAAUUAGAUAAUAUUAGAAGUUUGUUUAAAAAAACAUGCGCUUUGUUAAAAGUGGACGCAUUUUAUCCCGAGUUAGAUAAUUUAUCAUUUUAGAAAAAAAUGCAAGAAAUUAAGGUUCAAAUUGAUAAGAUUUUAGUUUAUUUAAAAGAAUAUUAUCCUCUAAUUAGUUGUCAUAUGGUUAAUUAUUUCAAUAAAAACCUUUAUGAAAAUUGCACCCCAAACGAAUUAAAAUUAGAAUUUAAUCAAAACGAAUUCGAUUUUUACGACGCCAUAACAAACCAUGAUUUAGCCCCAAAUUUAUUUAAAUUCACCCAAAAUUGCAAACAAUUCCUUUUAUACAACGGCAAUAUUUGUAUCAACAUAAACGAUUUUCAUAAUAAAUUUGAUAAAACACCUCAAAACGAUUUAAAACUCGAUGUAUUUAUGAAAAAUAAAAAAUCACAUGAAGUCACAAUUUUGAGUUCAGUCGCUUUUAAAUUAAAAUUAAUCGGAAAUACUUCCCAUAUCAUCGAUUUAGGUGAUGGAAAAGGUUAUUUAAGCUCAUUAUUAGCGUUUCAUUACAAAACUCCAGUUUUAGGAAUUGAUUCAUCUGAGAUAAACACAAAUGGAGCCAAAAAACGGGCGGAAAAACUGAGUAAAAAUUGGGAUGGAAUCGUAAAAAAUCAAAAACGAACUGUUUUAACACCAAGGGAACGUAAAACGAAUGAAAAUUCAGACCUUUAUAAACAAAUUACUCAAUUUGUGGAUGAAAACACAAAUUUAAAUGAAUUAAUCGAAACUGUUUUUAAUGCUAAACCCGAAGGAAUUUCAUUAAUUGGUUUGCAUACUUGUGGGCAUUUAGCUGUUUCUUCUUUAAACAUAUUUGUUAAAAAUUUAAGUGUUAAAACAAUUUGUAAUGUAAGUUGUUGUUAUCAUUUUCUAGAAGAACAAUUUGAGUCCGAUUCUAAAUUAAUCGGUUUCCCGAUGAGUGAUUAUCUAAAAUCCGUCGAUUUUAAACUAGGAAGACCAGCUAGAAUGUUAUCUGCACAAUCAAUCGAUCGAAUCUUAUCAAAAAAAUUACCCCCAAGCAAUACAAUUUUUUACCGAGCUAUUUUAGAAGUGAUUUUUGAUCGAUUUUUCCCCGAUUUAACCGAUAGGAAUGUUGGCAGAUCAAAACGUGAUUUUAAUUCGUUUGGGGAUUACGUUAAAGAGUCAUUUAAACGAUUAGAAUUAGAUCAUAGCUUUUUAAACGAUGCAGAUAUCGAGGAGGUUUUUAAUUUAUUUGUGAAUAGAGAGAAGGAAUUGUAUUUUUUUACUUUAUUAAGAGCAUUUAUGGCCCCCGCUAUUGAAUCUUUGAUUUUAUUGGAUCGAUUACUUUAUUUAAAAGAAAAUGGGGUUGAAAAUUCGUUUUUAACGCAUUUAUUUGAUCCGGUUGUAUCACCGAGAUGUUAUGGAAUUAUUGCUUUUAAAUAAAUAAAGCUUCCAAGACAA